AUGGAAUGCAACGAUAAAGAAAAUGUAAGUAUGAGUGAUGAUCUUAAGGAAGAACAAGAAAAUAUAAAAGGGGAAAAUGACAAUUUGAAUUUGCAAAUGCAUGAAGUACUACAACGUGGAAAAAAUUUAGAUGAAGAAAUUUCAUCGAACAGAGUGGGUCCACUUGUAGCGAAGGUAAAAAAAUUAAGCAAUAACGGAUUUACAGAUAAUAUAACUAAGGAAGCAAUAGUGAAGGCGUCCAGAAUUAUUUCCAAGAACGAAAGAGUUCAAAUGGAAUAUAGUGGAGUUGGACUACGUAGCAAAGAUAAAAGUUCUGACGAAGGAGAAAGUUAUGAUAUGAACAGGCAAGGUGUUCAUGUAAAUGAUGAUGAGGAAAACGUCACUGAAAAACAGCCGAAAAAGAAAUUCUUGUUGGGGGCACAGUGUAUUAUGCCUGGAUAUGAUAAAGAACUGCUAGAAAAGCUGAAGAACAGAAGAGUAUAA